CAGUGAUAUCUUUUUCAUGUGCGAUGACCCGCAUAAAGAUUCCUUCAACUGAAGCUAGGAACCGUGGCUAGCUAGCUGUAGAUCCGCGCUUUACCGCUAGAGCUAGGUUCCUAGAUAAUAUAUUUGCUAACCUGCUAUACCCGACCUAUCCAUGCUAGGUAGGUGGUAUUAAAAGCAAAUGUUGGUCAAUCAAUGCUUUAGCGUGUGCUGCGGGGAGUUUCUGAGUGGUCCCUUAGAGCAGCCGUUGAAAGGGCUCAAAAACCACGCUGCUUUUAGCCAGCUCUGUCUUAGUCAUCAUAAGAUAGCUGCCAGAUGAGGGGGGUGACACGGAUUUCUUGACGUUAUAAAACGGAAAAUUCACGAAACUUAGGCAUGUAUAGGGGUUAAAAGGAGAAGUUUAUUAUCGACCUACGGCUUCGCAUCAAAUGUUCUGUCUCGACGACUGAAAGUCGGUUGAUGAGUAAGGACCCAAGCUUUAAAAAACAACUUUGUAACCCUAUUGGUGGCUAUAUCCGAUCAAAUGCAUAAUGUGACUGUCGGGGAGUUGGGGUUGAAGAAUCGUUGCCUCGAAUCGAUCCUUUAUUUUGAAGAAAAUAGGUACGAAUCCUGAUCGUCUCCUUUAAUCUCAAAUGUCGACUUGAUAAAGCUAUUGUAUUGGUCUCAGGGAAUCUCGUGGAUGUGAGCGCAAAUCACCCUUCUCUCCCCGCCCUAUUAUAUACCGCCCUUUAUACACCGCUACAAUUUAGCAUGUCCCCUAUUACAUUCCAGAUCGUGUCUGACUUACAUCUGGAGACACACCAGUCGUAUGACUUCACCAUCAGACAGACAGCUCCCUAUCUAGCCCUUCUUGGUGACAUUGGCAAUGUUGUGGAUGAGGGCCUGUUUGAGUUUAUCAAAAAACAACUCACUCGGUAUUGGGUCGUCUUUCUUCUUCUAGGUAAUCAUGAGCCUAUGGGAACCAGCUGGUCAUUGGCAAAACGCCGAGUCCGCGACUUCGCAGACCAGAUGGAGCGGUUGAGGACACGAUCCACAAUCGGCAGAUUUGUCUUCCUCGAUCGGACGCGAUACGAUUUGAAUGAUACGAUGACCGUACUAGGCUGCACAUUGUUCUCGGAUGUCGGGGCUGAACAAGCUGCAGCUGUCAAGAGCCGGCUAGUUGACUUCAAACAGAUCCAAGACUGGACAGUCGAGGAUCAUGUGGAAACUCACAAGUUGGAUCUUCAGUGGCUUAACGCACAAGUGUGCGACAUAACCAGAGAAGAGCCUAGGAGACAGAUAAUCGUAUUUACCCACCACAGUCCGACUCAAGAUGAUAGGGCUUUAGGCCCGGGACACAUUGGCAGUCCCGUCCUGUCUGGUUUCGCUACCAAUCUAAGCAUCGAGGAAUGCUGGAAGAACCAUUCUGUUAUUCUUUGGGGGUUUGGUCAUACCCAUUUCCAAUGUGAUUUUACAGAUGGCUUCGGGAAACGAAUUGUAGCGAAUCAAAAGGGCACUUCCCAGAUUCCCUGUGAUGGGUUUAACGCUAGGAUGACUUUCUUGAUUGGCAAAGAUGACCAAAAGGAAACUUCGGGAUUGAUCUGAGAUUGUACUGAGAGUUAUGAUGUUCUUGCGGAAGUAGGCAUUUUGCCAGAGAAUAUCAGAAUAGGGGAAACUCGAAAAUGCUAGUGAUAGACUGGGCAGUUUAAACUCAAGAACCCGAUGAAGAAGCUAAGGUGAAAUAGCCGGAAUUGGCUCUGCUGUUUCCUCUCGGAU